AUGCUCGUCUUUGUACUUGGCGCCACUGGCGGUAUAGGCCAAAUGCUCUUGCCCGAGCUCGUCCAGCAUGGACAUCAGGUGCUUGCCCUCGCGAGAUCAGACGCGUCUGCCGCAAAGAUCAAGACCUUGGGAGCUGACGUGGUACAUGGAGAUCUUUCGGAUGCUAGACUGCUCUCCGACAGUGCCAGCAGGGCCGAUGCUGUGAUCAAUCUAGCCUUCGACGCCUCGAGCCAGGCUGGCAUGGUCGAAGCCGCCAUGCAAGAAGCCCGCGCCAUCGAAACUCUCGGUGCAGCACUCGUGGGUACACAGAAGCCGCUACUGGUAUCGAAUGGAGCCCUCACCUAUGCCUUCUCGGGCUCUGCUGGCCUUAUAGACGAGGACUCACCCUGGCCUGUCGGAGGCGAGAUGAAUCCUCGAGCUUCUGGUCUCAAGGCUGCACAAGCUCUUGCUGCUCGAGAUGUCUUUGUCGCGACCUUUUUCUUUCCUCCGUCUUGUCACAGAGCCGGUGAGACGGGCCUGAUCCCCAUCUUGAUGGAUCACGCAAGGAAGAAUGGAUUUGUCCCCUACGUAGGAGACGGCUCUCAACGCUGGCCUGCCACACAUCUUCAAGACAUUGCUACUUUGUUAAGACUACUCAUCGAGGCUCCCGCGGGCCAGCGGCCCUGGAUGAACAAGCUCCACCCCAUCGCGGAAGGUGGGGUCGCAUGGAAGGACAUAUCUACUGCGAUUGGCCAGGCUCUGGACUUACCAACGAGGAGUGUCAGCGCACAAGACGCCACGGAUCUCUUUGGGUUUGUCGGCAGGCUCAUCAAUAUUGACGUGCCCGUCAGCUCCACGCAGACAAAGGCAGCCUUCCAAUGGCAGCCAAAAGGUCCUUCAUUGUGCCAGGACAUCGAACAAAACUAUUGA